CAGGUGUUAUCAGCGAGAACAAAACAAGCCGAAUAUUUUCUCAUGUUGAUGCUACGGCAACAUAUGGAUCCACGUGAGUUUGGAAAUAAGCUAAUUGACUGGAAAUAUAGUUCUACGGCUCCACAAUGGAAUGCAAGAGACGAUUCUUUGGUGUAGAACGUUAAGUACGAUUUGGCGCCUAAAGAAGAUGUGACUUACAGAGAAGAAUUGAUGUCAGAUGAAUGCAUGACCCACCAUGUGUUCAAAUCGCCACCCAGUGACAAGUCAAGAAGGAUUCCAGUUGUCCGAACUCAAGAACAUUGGGAAAUACUAGUUCUAAAUAAUACGGAUUCAAGGAGAUAUUGACAUUGGCCCUGGCCCUGCAGAGCGUAAUUGUUUUCUGAUGCUUAAAUAGUGUCUAUGUACAAGUGCAGGUCAGUGUAUACUGAUAUUAUUCGAAAUCCAAAUGACAUACCUGACAACAACCUCUGAACAAGUUAAUGAACUUGUCACCAUAGGAACGACUGCAGAGUCUGUAAAAAAGAAUUCAGCAUCAAAAGACAUACUUGAAUGUUUCCCUUGUGGGAAUGGUUUUACUAAAGACAAAAACCUUAAAAAACGUGACCCCAAAAUGCAUGCAAAAACGCCAUGGACGUGUGGAAUCUGUGAAAUGGAGUUUUGUGCUGCUAGUCCAUUGCAAGACCACAUGCACAGCCACACAGGGCAGAGGCCACAUGUAUGCAAACUCUGUGGGAGCUCUUUUGCCAAGGUUGGUAAUCUGAAACGUCAUGAGAAAAUCCAUUCAGGGGAGAAGCCCUUUAAGUGUGAGUUGUGUGACAAAGCAUUUCCCUAUGCCGUGGAACUGAGGCGCCAUGUAAGGACUCACACAAAAGAACGACCAUACAAGUGUGUAAUCUGUGAGAAGAGCUUUUCUGAGUCUUGCCAUGUACAAAGACAUAUGGUCACACAUACGGGGUAUAAGCCUUUUCAAUGUGACAUCUGUGAUAGGACGUUUGCCCAGUUCGACAAUCUUAAGCAGCAUAUGAGCACCCACACUGGCACCAAGCCUCAUAAAUGCAGCCUUUGUGAGAAGUCCUUUGCCCGCAUGGGUGAUGUGAAAAAACAUAUGCGAGUACACACAGGUGAACGUCCUUUUAAGUGUAACACCUGUGAGAAGAGCUUCUCUGUGAGCAGUUCACUUCACAAACAUGUCAGGGUGCACUCUGGUGAGAGACCUUACCAGUGCGAGAUGUGUGAGAAGACCUUUGCCCUCAAUUGUAACCUGAAGAAACAUAUACGAACUCACCUAAAGGAGAAACCGUUCAAAUGUGGGAUAUGUCAAGCUGACUUUCUCAAGGCAGGGGAACUUGAGGGUCACAUGUUUUCUCAUAAACCAGUAGCAGAGUAAGUUAUUGGUAAUAAUGACAGGAAUUUAUCGCAACCUGCCUAGUGGAUUAACUUCAACACUGCCAUAGAUGUCCAUUUACAAAAUUCAUCAACAUUUCAUAGGAUGGAAUAAUAACAGUCAAUGAAAUCAUGCCUCCGAAUAUUAACAAACUGCUAAGUUUGUACAAAAUAAAUUUUUUUCUGAAUUUGCCUGCCACCGGCACUCAGUUUGGAACCCUAACUAAAUCCAUGAAUCAUGACGAAUUGACAACAUUUGAAUGAAUUCAUGUUAGAUUGUACACCAGACCAGUGAAUGUAUUAACACAGGAAAUUGACUCAUUUCAACACUCACCCGAGUAAUGAGACCUAGUUGCAAUUAUUUUUAAGAUAGACAUGUUGUUCCAAGUCUAGCCUAUGUAAAACAUUAGUGUGUUAAGUGAACCAGAGACUUUGUUUCGGUUUAAUUGGGUGAAUGUAAGCUUGUAAUAUAACUUAAUUUAAUACAAUUUGAAAUAGAAACCAGAUGAGGCAGUUUGUAAUGGCUUGAAUCAAAAUUGCUGGGACUGCUAAUUUACCUGAGCUUAGUCUCCCUUUAAAUUAAGAUGAUUUCCUCUCAUCUUGAGGAUUCCUUUCAUUCGGGCUGAGAGCAGUGAGAUGAGCAUGAUGGUUGGCUCAUAUUCUCCUUGCUAACAGAAUAGUGCCAGAGACUUGCAGGACAAGACUUUGGUUGGAACCAGUAGCAAGGUGUUGAUGGUUGGCACUGUCAGUUAUUCUGUAACACGUCUUGAUACAACUAGGCUGAAGGACAGGUCCAAGGUGGGUGUGGGGGCACUCUGGGACUUCUUCAGAGUCGGUAUGGUAGGGGCGGUAUUGUAGCCUAUUGGUUAAGGUGUUUGCUCAUCAUGCUGAAGACCCAGGUUUGAUUACCCACAUGGGUACAAUGUGUGAAGCCCAUUUCCAGUGUCCCUCUCCAUGGUAUUGCUGGAAUAUUGCUAAAAGCGGCGCAAAACCAUACUCACUCACUAAUUUAGGUGAGCAUUGUCAGCUUCACUAAUCAUGUUCAUACAAGUCUUGUAUUAAUGGUGAAUAAUACUGAAAAUGUCAGGAGACAUGUUUUGUCAAGUAAGUCAACUGUUUGGCACAAACUUGGAUAGGUGUGGUCAUUCACAGAGUGUGUGAGGCUUUUGUUGCAUUUAGGUAUAUGUAUUGCAGCAAUACAUGCUUGUUGUAAGAGGCGACUAACGGGGAUCGGAUGGUCUCUGGCUUGGUUGACACACUGCUCAU